CUGAAAAUCCGGAUACUAGAGGAGUAAAUUCACUCCAGAAGAUGGCAGUAAUGCAACACCAAGCAUGCAAGCUGCCGUUAAAGCUCAAAGAAGAACAAGACCGGGACGGAAGUGUAAUGGUAAACAUGGCGGCGCCAUAUGUUAACAUAUUUAGGGCAAAUCGACUACAGUCACCGAAAUUUACGCAGUUUCAGCACUGACAUUUUGGACACAUAAUAUUUUGAGCUGAAACGACAGCUGAUGUUAGUAUGUGGACGAACGGCAAGACAGCAGGAGCUUCUCUGAAAAUCCUCAACCGCUUCCAACACUGCUGUAUACAGACACUGUGGAGGAGGGAGACUGAUGGGCGACAGCGGCGGCUCUGUAGACUUAUGUCAUCAUUAGGACCCCCGUGGAGGAUCCUGUUCUUUGGCUCUGAUCAGUUCGCUGUGGAAUCUCUAAAACUCCUCACGUCCAGCAGGAGCUCCAGUAAAGGGAUUGUGGAGUCCCUUGAAGUUGUUACUUUGUCUGGUGAAGUCCCAGUGAAGAGGUUUGCUCAACAGAACCACCUUCCAGUCCACAGCUGGCCCCCUGACAAUGUGGAUGGACAGUUUGAUGUUGGGGUGGUGGUGUCUUUUGGCUGUUUGCUCCAUGAGAGACUGAUCAACAAGUUUCCAUACGGGAUUUUGAAUGUUCACCCUAGCCUGCUGCCGAGGUGGCGAGGUCCAGCACCUGUCUUCCACACCAUCAUGCAUGGUGACACUGUGACAGGAGUCACCAUCAUCCAAAUCCGUCCUCACAGGUUUGAUGUUGGCCCCAUUCUCAACCAGGAGCUUCAUCAGGUCCCUGAGAAGUGUACUGCUGAUGAACUUGGAGCUGUCCUAGCCACAAAGGGAGCACAUCUGCUGAUUGAUACAUUGAUGACACUGUCUGACAGAAUGGCACAUAAAAGGGAGCAAAGACAGACAGGUGCAACAUUUGCCCCAAAAAUCAGUAUGUCCAUGAGCUGGAUGGUGUGGGAGGAACAGACUUGUGACCAAAUUGAUCGUCUGUAUCGUGCCAUAGGAUCCCGGAUACCUUUGAGGACCACAUGGAUGGGCAGGACAAUAAAACUUCUGGAUUUUGCAGGAAAAUGUCACAUUUCGUUACGCAAUCAAAGGAGGAAACCAGUCCCUGGCUCAGUGAGCUAUCAGAAGGAGUCCAAUACUCUGGCUGUCUGCUGUAAGGAUGGCUGGGUGGGAUUCAAGGCAGUGCUCCUGAAAAAAAGGCUGACGGCAGCUGACUUCUACAAUGGCUACCUGCAUCAGACAGCAGAAGGACUGUUUGUCAGUAGAAAAGGAGGAACUGAAGCACAUCAGUUGAGAGAGAACUCAAUGUUGUGAUGCAACAACAAUAACUUCCUUCCUUGAUGUGAACACUGCAGACAUGACAUCAUCACUAAAUGGAAUUUACUGUAGUUUGUUACUCGUCUGUUUUAAGACAUCUGCAUAUACAGUACAUUUACUGUAUUACUGUAUGUGUACUGUAUACUUGCAAUAAAUGAAUGCUGUUGACUGACAGAUUCCAGGAACA